CACAGGAUUUUGACAAAAACAAACAGCGACGUCGCUGAGGCAGGGUGUAUGGCCGAGGCGGUGAAGCCCCAGCGCCGGGCCAAGGCCAAGGCCAGCCGGACUAAAGCAAAGGAGAAAAAGAAACAUGAAACUCCUCGGAUGGAAGAGGCUGAUGAAGUCUCCCCUCCAAAAACCUCCAGAGAGCAGGAGAUCCCUUCUUCAGUUUGUGAAUUCAGAGGUGAUCAUCUGAAGGUGUUAACCGAUUCCCAGCUCCAGAGCGAUGCCAGUGGACAGAACGAAAGUGAAAUGUUUGAUGUACCACUUUCCUCCUUGACUAUAGAUGAUGAAGGGUCCCUGACAUAUAACACAGAGCCCCUAAAAGAAAGGGAAGAAGUUAGAGCUUGUGUGGGAGAUGAUGCAGUCAAGCUGAAGGUGGACUCUGGAGACAAUGUUGAAACUAAAGUGGAACCCCCUGAGAACUUUACAGAAGCUGAGGGAAAUGCACUGUUACAGUGUGGACCUUCAGAAAGCACACUGCAAUUUGCUUUUUCCUACCCUCAGCAGGAAAUAGACAAUUCUCAAGUCAGAGAAACUCAGAAUAGGAAAGAAGACAAACAAGCCCUGGGUUGUUCCUCAGAGGUGCUUCAAAACGUUGGCUUGCAGAGUUCUUAUGAAGCCAAAGAAGUUUCUCAGUCACCGAGAGUGAAGAGACUGUAUCCUCAGUUGCCAGCUGAAAUCGCUGGAGAAGUACCAACUUUGGUAGCAGUGAAACCCUUGUUGUGUAAUGAGCGACUCUACCCAGAAAUCCCAUCUCAACCAGAUCUAGUACCAUUUACUAAAGAACAGCUAAAAAUCUUAGAGCCUGGUUCAUGGCUGGAGAAUGUUGAGUCAUAUUUAGAAGAAUUUGACAGCAUGGCUCACCAGGACAGGCAUGAGUUUUAUGAGUUGCUUUUGAACUACUCACGGUGUAGGAAGCAGUUGCUGCUGGCUGAAGCUGAGCUGCUUACUCUGACAUCUGAUUGCCAAAAUGCUAAAAGUCGACUGUGGCACUUUAAGGAAGAGCAAACAUCUGUACAGGGUAUCUGUGCAGAUCAAGUGAAAGUUUAUGGCUGUCAUCGUUACCAGAGAGUAGAGAUGAAUGAAAAUGCACUGGGGGAACUGAAGAAGCUAUUUGAUGCCAAAUCUGAGCACCUUCAUCAGACUCUGGCCCUUCAUUCUUAUACUUCUGUGCUCUCGAGGCUGCAAGUGGAGUCUUAUAUCUAUGCAUUGCUCAAUAGCUCAGCUGUUCUGAGGUCUUUAGCAAUUCAUCAGCAAGGCCAAGUUUCUAAAGUGGCAGAAAGCAUUCCCUCUGAUCUGUGUCAGUUGAAGGAGUGCAUUAGUGUCUUGUUCAUGUUCACAAGGAGAGUGAAUGAAGAUACUCAGUUCCAUGAUGAUAUUCUUCUGUGGCUGCAGAAAUUGGUGUCAGUGUUACAAAGAGUCGGCUGUCCUGGAGAUCACCUCUUUCUCCUAAACCAUAUUCUUCGAUGCCCAGCUGGUGUGAGUAAGUGGGCUGUCUCUUUCAUCCAGAUCAAAGUCCUGAAUAACCCAUCAGGGGUCUUUCAUUUUAUGCAGUCUCUUGCCCUGCUGAUGUCUCCUGUCAAAAAUCGAGCAGAGUUUAUGUGCCACAUGAAGCCCAGUGAGUGGAAGCCAUCCUCUUCUGGGCCUUCGUCUGGGACCUGGACACUAGUGGAUGAGGGAGGAGAAGAGGAUGAAGACCCUGAGACCAGUUGGAUUCUCCUUAAUGAAGAUGAUUUGGUCAUCCUUUUGUCACAGUUUCCAUUUCAUGAACUCUUUCAACAUCUUCUUGGGUUUAAAGCGAAAGGUGAUUAUUUUCCUGAAACAACAAGACCUCAAGAGAUGAUGAAAAUUUUCGCCUUUGCCAACUCAUUAGUGGAGCUUCUGGCUGUGGGAUUAGAAACCUUUAACAGAGCCCGUUAUAGGCAGUUUGUGAAGCGAAUUGGUUACAUGAUCAGGAUGACCCUUGGCUAUGUGAGUGACCAUUGGGCACAGUAUGUGAGCCACAACAGAGGCUUGGAAUUAGUACUGCAGCCCUACUCCAUGGAGAAACUGCAGAUUGAAUUUGAUGAGCUGUUUUUACGAGCUGUACUACAUGUGCUGAAGGCCAAAAGGUAAGAUGUAAUGAUAAUUGGUGAGAGCUCCCUGACUAGGCAGAUGAGAGUAAUCCCAUGGUGUGGACCUUUAUAUAGUAAUGUCUUAGUGAAUUUCAUCUGUUUCUCAUUUUGGACAAAUUCUUGGGCCUUAGUUUCGCUAUCUGUAAUGUGUACCCUAUUGGCAGAAAUUAUCUCUUUUUCAGGUUUCAUUCUGUCUUAAAAUAACACUAGUCUGAUGUCUCAGUUUUACUACCCCUGAACUAUAAGAUUGCCUUAAGCAGGGGAAGACAAGAAUGAUUUUUGUUAUGCUCAUUUCUGUGCUUACACUGAGGCACAGUAUUCAGUAUCUGGUAGAAAUGAUUUGAUGAUUUUAUUGUCAAAGUUGUCUUAUUGUAAGUGUUUUAAAGUAUUGGACUAUCAUGGGUCUUAGUCCUUGAUCUUGACUGUAAAUUCUAUCUUUUGAUCAUUCCAUCUUUUUUAAAAAUAGAGAGGGAAGUGUUGGGGGUACUCUCUAGGCUCGUUGGAGUGCUUUGACAUCCUGGAUGCAGAGAGGGGUGUAGUUGGAAAUACGGACCAGAGCUAAGUUCUGGAAACCUUUGAAUGUGGGGUUGAGGAGUUCGAAUCUCAUUGGGUAGUCAGUGAGGAGUCCCUGGAUGGCACAUGUGUCUGGGUGUAUACAUCUACCUAUAUAUCUACCUGAGCCAACACACACAUGUAUGUCUAGGUAACAGCCUCUCUGUCACCAAAGUCUUAAAAGGAUCUUUGGUUCAAAACCCAACUGUGUCUCUUUGUAUUCCCUCUUUGUGUUAAUGGCCUUAUGUGUGAAUUGGGAAUAAUACCAAAAAUCACUGCCUUGUUUUAAUGAAGUUGGAAUGAGUUGAUGUUAUAUGCAUUCUGAGCAUCCUUAAUCCAAAAACCUUCAAAAUCAGAAACUUUUUAGUACUUACAUGAUGUCACAAGGAGGAAAUUGAAUACUUGACCUCAUGUGAUGGACUGAAGUCAAAACACAGCCACACCAGCCUGGUGGAGUGCCUGCCUAGCAAGCAUGAGGCCCUGAGUUCAAAUGCUAGUACCACAAAACAAACAAAAAACAACCCUCCACAGACACACUGAAAAUAUUAUGUGAAAUUACC